ACCACCUAUCGUCCCCUCCGGCCCAAGCCUUUCGAAGUCUAUAAUGUAACCCUCUCGACUUAGAGGGCCCAUGAGGCGCACUCAAAGAGGUAUCAUUUGCGGAAAUUCGAGGGAGUAGAUAACAUGGUACGCCCAAUUGCCCAGAGGGAUCUGGAGGAUGCAUAUCAGCUGAUGGCACAGACCGUGUGGUUCUGAUAACGACCCACGGUCGAAGCGCUACAAUUGGCAGCCGGGGCUUUGGUUAUCAGCGAUGUCACCAAAAGAUCAUGGCGUAACCUAUCCUUCCAGAAGGUUUCUGCGCCUGCGUCAGUUCGUCCGAUGCAGGAUGCUAAUAAAGUAUGCGGCACGCACGAUACGACCGGGCCAGGGGUGUUAUCUUUAUCUCUGCCUGAUACUAGCCAAGCCCACUAAUGGCGUGAUACCAGACCUCUUAUCUGGCAAGUAUAUCGGUUGCUGCAACACGCCAGUCUGAUUGGGAGGGAGACGUAAGCUCUUGCUCUGCGUUGCACGGCUGUGGUGGCAAUGUUAUAAUUCUCCUUAUCC